CCACAGCACAGCUGUCUAUCUGUCAAAACAUUGUCAAGAGGGUCCUGAGAAAUUCAGCUGGUGGCUCAAACUGUUUUGUGCUUAGUGCUAUUUCGGGAAAUUUCCUUUUAUCCAUUUUAUCAAAUAAUAAUAAUUCAUAAAAUAUAUUAAAAUGUCAACAGCCGGAAAACAUCAUUGUCUCAUUGUGCUGCCAAGCUCCUCAGAAGGCGUGUCAGCACAGUCAUUUAUCCAAUGUUUCACACUCACACAUUCAGCAUUUAGUGUGGCCAUUGCCACUCCACAGGGUAAAAAUCCUGAAUUCAUCAACAUGGAUGAUCAAAGCCGGCGGUGGCUCAACGACUUCCGUUCAAAGCCAUUCGCAAUUCCACUCAGCCUGGACAUAAUCGACGUUAACCGAUACUCAAGCAUUGUCCUCCCACACGCUCCUGGGGCCACUCAGGAUCUUGUCCAUGACAAGGACUUGGGACAGCUGCUUUGUCAAUUUGUCAGACACAAAAAACUAGUCUGUGCAAUUGGUAUGGGAGUUUCUGGGCUUUUCUCAGCCAAGAAAGAGGAAGACCAAAAAUGGGCAUUCAAGUCAUACUCAUUGACAGGGUCGUCAGUCCUGGAGUUGUGUCGCUACUCAAAUUUUUCAACUCUGAAAGUAGUUCCUGAAGACAUGGCGCGGGACCUAGGCGGUCAUUUCUCAGCCAGUGGUGAGCCAGAAGCCGUUCACGUGUGUGUCGACAGAAAUUUGGUCACGGGCCAAAACGAAGCCUCAACGCUGACAGCUGUGCAGAAUCUCGUGCUGUUGGCUAACCAAAACCAAAGGUAGAUAUAGUGGGUUGAGUCUAUCAAAAUAAUUUGCAGAUCUGAACACAUUCCGAUUUUGUGAGAGCUCAAGUUUUCUUCCAACUCAUAUUUAUGUUGUUGGGCCACUGAAUAUAUAUACAGAUUUUAACUAAUGGUGGAAUCUCAUUAUAUUUUGGUGAACAUUAUCAUAGGAUUAACUAAAGUAUCUGAAAAUGUUGGCUCAAGGGCUUUUGUAAUGAUUAUGUGUAUGCAAUGAAAGUCGAUUGUUACAAACAAAUCUAAUAA